CAGGAACAAAUAUGACCAAUUCAAUACAUCCCUCAAGAAAUCGGACAGCCAAGUGGCGGCGGAAGAGAUCACUACUCCCGAAAGCAUACCGGAAUAUGACCGACCUCCGCUCAGAAAGAUCGAUCAGUAUUUCAGGCCUGAGAUACCGGGUCUAUCGAAACGGGUCACGGUAGCCUUGCUCAGCUGCAUGGGAUUUAUCAUCAUGUUCGGGAUGAGGACUAGCAUGGGAUUGGUCAAGAUUAAGAUGACAAACACCACCUGGGAUACGAAAACCCUAUCGGAAGUGGAUGCGGCUAUCUUCUGGGGCUACUUCGUCACCCAGAUCCCAGGCGGUCUAAUCGCUGCGGCUUAUCCGGCCAACCGGCUUUUUGGAGCAGCCAUUGGAUCCUCCUGCUUACUCAAUCUGAUCAUCCCUUUCGUAUACACGCAACCGAACGCGCUCAUAUCCAUCAAGGUUAUGCAGGGAUUGGUUGAGGGUGUCACAUAUCCAGCUUGUCAUGGCAUCAUGCGUCAUUGGGCUCCUCCGUUGGAGAGAAGCAAAUUGGCAACGCUGGCGUUCAGCGGAUGUUACGCAGGAGUUAUGUUCUCUAUGCCCAUUUCCGGAGAGCUUAUAGAACACUACGGACCGCUGGCGCCUUUUUAUUUUUAUGGGUCCGUUGGGAUAUUUUGGUAUUUGGCUUGGCUGUGGUUGGUCUUCGAAAAGCCCUCAUAUCACACCUGCAUCGACACCAAGGAGCUCAACUUCAUCGAGUCAUCCUUGGGCGGCACUCAGCAACACUACGUAACUCCAACGUUGACCAACACUCCUUGGAAGGCCUUCUUCACUUCGUUGCCAUGCUACGCAAUUUUCGUAGCCAAUUUCUGCAGGUCAUGGAACUUUUAUUUGUUGGUACUUUUCCAGGCCUCAUAUUUCAAGGAUGCUUUCAAUUCCACCAUGACAGAGAAUGCGUUCUUAGGUGCACUUCCUCAUCUGCUGAUGACUAUCGUGGUACCAACAGGUGGUAUUCUGGCUGACAGAAUACGGAAAAAGGGGAUCUUAACCACGACACAAGUCAGGAAACUCUUCAAUUGUGGAGGCUUUGGCAUGGAAGCCACAUUCUUCAUAAUAAUGGCUUACUCCAGCACCAUAACGCAAGGUAUGACUGCACUGACGAUAGGCGUAGCUUUCAGUGGUUUCGCCAUUUCAGGCUUCAACGUCAACCAUCUGGAUAUUGCUCCAAGGUACGCUAGUAUCUUGAUGGGUAUGUCCAAUGGAAUUGGGACCAUUGCAGGUGCUAUUUGUCCAUUUGUGGUGCAUCAGAUUGUAGAGGAGAAGACAAUUGUUGCAGAAAAAAGAAGAGUGGAGGAUCGUCUUGAUAAUAUCGGCCUUUAUACACUAUGCAGGAAUAAUUUUCUAUGGAGUCUUCGCUUCUGGAGAAUUGCAGCCAUGGGCUGAUCCCAAGAUUGAGGAAGAAAAACAAUGGAAUCAACUGAAUGCUCCUCUACCUGUUAAGCAAUCGUCGGUGGACCAAGGUCUCCUCCACCGCAAGCCCUCUGGUGGUACUGCGUCAUACCAACAGCACCAGCCUCCCAGCUACGGUGCCGUCAUGGAGACACAAUUACCCCCUCAACCAUCUCGCCCACCACCUCCCAUGCCCGCAUCUCCAGCCCCCAUCCUUUCCACCAGCAACCCCUUUGCAGUUUCCUCCAACCCUUUCAGACAAGAAACGGUACAACCGCCUGCUCAGGAUCAGUACCUUCAUGGAGGGCCGCAAGAAAGGACGUAUUAGAAAAUUUUAAGGGUGUGUGUAUGGGAGGGUUUAGUAUUCCAAAUUAGUGGGUGGAGAUCAUUAUUCAAUAAAAGUAAUCAUUUUGUUAUUUUAUAAUGUACGGUAAGCUUGAAUAGUGGUCAGAUGGGCCCACAAAAUCAAAUAAAAUAUGUUAGAUCCCACAUACUCUGUUGAGAGAGGCUAGUAUAGCAUUUUGAAGGUUUUUCUAAAAAAAUGUAGGGGGUCAUUGACUAUUUUAAAAUUAUUUUAUUCUGUGACGAUUUUUGACAUACCGCUUUGUUUUGGAGAUACGGGCCCCGAAAUGACGCUACUUAAAAUAGGUUUUUCGACACUAUGUAAAUCGAUGAAAUUUUUGUAAGAAAAGAGUAAUAGCCAGUUGGGACCUUACAUGCUGGUAUGGUUAUUUAGUUCGGCAGAAGUGCAUAACCCCUAACCCAAUAUUGACUUUCUUUAAGCCAUAUAAUGGUUCAAAAAUGAUACUUUUGUAAAGCCUAACUUUUUGGCUUUUUUCAACCUUUUUAGCAUUCACUGCAGCGUAAAUCGACAUGGAGAUACUAAGCGAUAUUCAAACAAGAUUGUUUUAUAUAAAUGCGGAGAAGAGAUCAGGCUUUAAAAACAUCACCGUUCAACCAAUUUACAGGGUAUCGAAAAAUGAUGUUCUGCGGGUACCAUCGUAUGAGGCGCUGAUUGAUUAUUAUGCUAACAAAAUUUCCUUAAGUUAAACAGUGCCGUUCAGAAGCAAUUGAAAAAGAACCUACUUUAGGUGGCGUCCUUUAAGGACAUAUCUCCAAUUGAGCAGUAUUUCGGAAACAGAGGGCAAAAUAGUCUUAAAAGAGGCUCAGAUCGCCCUUUGAAUGUUUGUCCAAUGUUUUAAAAAUACCGGGUAAUUUUUAUUCGUUCGUAAACAUUUGAAGUGCAGCUUUAUAUUGAAGCACACUGUACAAUGAGUGCUUUGACUUUGUCUAGAAAAACAAACCAAGUCAAUUUUAUAAUUAUCGUUUCGUGAAGCCAUAUGAAAUUCACAUAUCUGUUAUAUCUUCAAUUCUUAGGCUCCUUAAUAUCAAAAACGUAUUUUAUUUUGACAUUAUCGUCGAAUUAAUUUUCUGAGCUAUAAUAUGUGAAUUUAUGAAAAAAGGGACAGUAUAUACUAUCCAGUACUAUAUAGCCUGUCGAGGGGAAGAUUUAAGCCAGAACAUGAGAGAAUAUGUAAUCUUUCCUCGAGAAGCUCAAGUAAUUUUCAUAACCCUUAAACAAGAAAAAUCCAUUUUUACUGAGACAUAUCGCAGAUUUGAAAUGAAGAGUGUGCAAAUACAAAGGGUCAUUAAAAUAUCAGAAGAAGAAGAAAGAAAAACAGCCAUGUAUUGAUUAAAAUUGAUUUUUAUGAGAACUCAUAUGAUAAUAACAACGAAAACUGAGUUUUUCUUACAGGCGUUAUGAAAAUUCCAUUUUAAAGACAACCUUGAAUAAAAUAAAAACAUAAUCAUGUACGAUAAGUGUCUUAUAAAUAAGUAUUACAAAACCUUGAAAAGUUUAUAGAAGAUAAGAAUUAUGUGAAUAGUUCAUUCAAAAAUCACCAUUUGAGCAUACAUUUUAAUAGAGUUUAGGGAAAUAUAAUAUCAGAUACACAUGUUAUAUAGUUGGUACUUUGUGUUACAUGUCAACUAAAAGCAAAAAAUACAGCAGUAGCCUAUACAACAUAUAAACUUUGAAAUUGUAUCUAAAGCCGAAUAUCUAAAGCAGCAGUAUAAUAUUUGAUAGGCAGAAUUAAGUAGCCAAUCAUACUGUUUGGCCUACAAAUCAAAACAUACCACGUCGAAAAUACAAACGUAUUCUUCGUCAGUGGUUCUGUGAUUUGGAAAACUGGAGCUUAGCGUUAUGUGUUGUUUAAGCUACAUGGCAAAUAAACUCCAAAAUUUUAGUAAAUAAUAAAUAUUGUAGUAGUUGCCUCUAUUUUCGAGAAGAUAUUACAAUAACAAAUAAUAAAUAUAUUACAAAAAUACCUAAGCUACGUGUUAGCUGAUCGUGGAAGCAAUCUUUGAAAUCGAUGACUGUCGUAAGUCAGUGCCUAUCUGCACUUAUUAUUCGACGCAACUUGAAAUUUUGGUUAGGUUAGAUUUCAUAGAUAUUUAAGGCUAUCCUCGAUAAACUAUUUUCUCUUAUAGUUCAAUACAAUUUGAUGGAGUACUCAGCAAUAAAUCUUGAAAAAAAAUGGAAAUACAAAUUAAAAAUACAAUUUUCGCCAUAUACAACUGGUUUUACAUAAGGAAAUUGAACAAAUUUGCACCCAAAAAGAGAACUUAUCAAAAAAUAUAGCAUUAAAUAAUCAGGCCAAAUGAGAAUAAAAUGACGAGCUUGCUCGACAAAAUAGAAUGGUACAGACGUAAUAUUUGCUGAUCAAGCAGUCAAAUCGAGUUAAACUAUCCGAGAGUAGUUUAAUCCAUCAUUGCAUACUAGUGAAUCAAAGUAAGAACAAAAUAUCAUGAUGCUUUCGAAAGUUUGUCAAAACUUCAUCUGGCAGAACUCAAUAUUCAUCAUUACUAUUAAACAAGGUAUCGCAACCGAUCGAGAACUGGUACUGGGUACUGCCCUUAGCAAGUAUUUUCAGUUCAGUUUGUUGUUAGACUAUAUUUCAGCGUGGUCUCAAUCUAAAAAUUAUUUGCAAAAGGAGACUACACAACAGUAUAUAUCCAAAAAAAGGUAUGCGAUAGGAAGUCUCGAGGAUAUCUUUUUAUAGUAUUUUAUCCAAAAACAAGAUUGCAACUGUUAAAUAUAGCACUUUGAAGGUAUAUUUAGGUACUAUCCGUCAAUUUGUGAAUUUGUAUACCUAUUGCGACAUUGUUUUAUAAAUAUACAUAAAAACAAUGCAGUCAAACUAAAAAAUAGUUAUACUAGCAUAAAUAUAUUAUGAAGUAUUUUCUAUAUAGAUUGAACCUAUAGAAAUUAUUAACAGUUUAGAUAAGUGUUCUUGUGAUACAUUAAUAUGAAAUUAUAAUAGAUAUAGUAUUUUUUAUUUGAAAGUAGAUAUAUUGGUCUAUACAGGGUGCUUGGAACUAUAUCGGAGAAAUUGGGCGAAUAAUGUUGACUAAUUUUUCCUUAUGAAUAAAAUAAUACUAAUGGUUUCAUAGUGUAGGUUCUAAGAUAUUAAUUGGCGAUACAAAUUCAAAAACUGCGCCUCCAUUUCAACCAUUGAAAUGUUGUGCUUUGUAAAAAAUAGUUCGUCUUUUCUUGUAAAAUAUCUAAACGCCCUGUAUAAAAAUAGGCAAGUCAUUUUAUUAAUGAUUAAGCUCCGCAAACCUAUUGCGAUUUACAAAAAGGUGGGAAAUACACGUAAUUUUGCAAUGUUUUUUGCUCUUCUAUAAAGCACUUGAAGCCAGUCGCUGAAAGAUCAUUACAGACCGUGCAGUGAAUAGUGCGGUACAAAUGAGUGGGUUCACAUAUAUUUAGUUCAGCGGCUAAAAGAGUAUUUGCCUAUACUGUUCGUAAAAUAGUAAAAAACUUAGAGGUUGUAGCAAAUUGACUGUUUCUAAUAUCAAAAACGUUUUGGAUAAUGAUUGUGUAAAAGACCGAUCAUCGAACCACACCAUUUGAUUUCCAGUUAUCUCAUAAAUCCAUAGUUUAGAGUAAUGAAAACGAAACAGUCCAAGCUGCUUACAUUGAAGCUUCUUGGAAGCAGUCGUCUAAUAGAGUGCACCAUACAUAUCCAAUAAAUUACAGAUUAAGGAAACGAUGAUGGGGCACGAGAAUCGGUGAGUCGGUAUCAGUGUAAAUGAACAAAAACUGGUACGUGUUACAUAAUAUAUUAACACGUUGACGGACACUGACGGGCAUUCCCGUCUUCGCCCUGAUUUCGUGGCAUGAAAAUUAUUUUAAAAGAAGCUGAUUGGUUAGCUCAUGGUCACGAAAUAUGUUCAUGUUUGCAGUGACCUUGGCCACCUCGCCGCGGAAUCAGCCGUCACUUGGUUUGUUAUUAUCAGUCGAAUAGGAUUACUGUUUUGCUCUCUUGCGGGGUGUUUUUGUGUUGUAUGUUUUACGUUUUGGUUUGUAAUAUUUUCGUUAAAGUCUACUGUUGGCUUGGAAGCUGUAUUGUACCAUAUUUUUGCAUUGUUUGGAGUAACAAAAUAUGUGUUUCGUUUGCGACAACGUUUGCGUUGGUUGCUUAGAAAUGGCGUGGUAUGAAGUGAUGACGAUAAUUAUCUCGCUGACGAAAACAAUUCAAAUUCAUCCAGAGAGAAUGUACAGGAGAGGGACAGAUUUAGUGAAAUUUAGUGUAUAUAUAAAUCAAGAACAAAAAUCUAGAUAUGAUAUAAAAUUUUAUGAGCUUUGUAGCAGUGACUGAUAUGUGCUCAAUAUGGAAAUUUAUAGAGAAAAAACAUGGGAUUAUGAUGCACCAAUGCAACCAAGAACCAAGAAUUACUGCCUUAGUGAAACGUCUCAUUAUGCAUU